GCAAACAGCAUUACAGAGGAGAGAGAGAGAGAGAGAGAGAGAGAGAGAGAGAGACGUCUGCGAUAGAGCAAGCUCGCGCGAUUGUCGUCGCCAGCUUCGUCGCCGUCGCCGUCGCCGUCGCCGUCUUGUCCUCUUCCUCGAAUCGGGACGUACGCAUUUUGAAUUUUCCCGAGCGGCUCGCCACUGGCGUACGUGAAGAGAGGCGCUCUGAAUUGAAUUGUUUGCUGCUGCCGCUGCUGCUGCUGGUCUAAGUUGGGGGCGCCCUCUCGAGUUGUUUUUCUUUUUCGUCCACGCGAUUCGAAGGCGGAGAGAGAGAGAGAGAAAGGAUGGACGGCGCGGUUGCCAACGGCGGCGAUGCUCUCGGCCCCGAGAAGCUCGUUAUCGACACUGAUCCCGGGAUCGAUGAUAGCAUGGCAAUCUUCAUGGCAUUUCAAGCUCCUGAGGUGGAGAUCUUGGGAUUCACGACCAUAUUUGGAAAUGCUACCACAGAAGCUGCCACUCGCAAUGCCUUGCUUUUGUGUGAGAUAGCUGGACGUCCUGAUGUUCCUGUAGCCGAAGGUAGCCAUGAGCCUCUAAAGGGGGGAAAGCCGUGUGUUGCUGACUUUGUCCACGGUUCUGAUGGUAUUGGCAACAUAUGUUUACCUCCUCCCAAAGCAAAGAAGGUUGAGAAGAGUGCCUCAGAGUUUUUAGUUGAUAAGGUCUCUGAGUUUCCGGGUCAAGUAUCUGUACUUGCACUUGGACCUCUGACAAACUUAGCCUUGGCAAUCAAAAGGGAUGCUUCCUUUGCAAGCAAGGUGAAGAAAAUUGUUGUGCUUGGUGGUUCUUUCUUUGCGUUGGGAAAUGUCAAUCCUGCUGCAGAAGCAAACAUUUUCGGGGAUCCAGAAGCAGCUGAUAUUGUGUUUACUUCGGGGGCUGAAAUUGCUGUUGUGGGGAUAAACAUCACAACCCAAGUGAAACUAACAGAUGCCGACCUGCUUGAUUUAAAGCUAUCAAAGGCAAAGCAUGCUCAAAUUCUCAGUGAUAUGUGCAUGUUUUACAGAGAUUGGCAUGUUAAGUCCGAUGGGUUCCAUGGAAUUUUCCCUCAUGACCCAGUCUGUUUCUUGGCGCUAGUUCGCCCUGAUCUUUUCACUUUUAAAUGCGGAGUUGUGAGGGUGGAGACUCAAGGAAUCUGCACGGGCCAUACCUUGAUGGAUCAAGGUCUAAAGAAAUGGAACUCGAGCAACCCCUGGUCGGACUAUACUCCUGUUUCGGUCGCGUGGACGGUCAAUGUGGAUGAGGUUGUUGGCUGCAUCAAGAAGUAUCUGAUGAAAUAGUGAAAAGCCCGUUGUAAAUCUCUUCCCUUACUUUUAUAAUUGCGAAUCCUGGCCGUUCAAUUUCAGUCAGAAGCGGUUCGGUUCGUCUGAUGGUUUCUAAGGAAGCUUUGAACUGUAAAAUGGUGGAUAUUUGACCCGUAAAUGUAAACACACCUUGAUGGAAGAGAUUAUAUCAAUCCCUUUAUAAGGAUAAUACUUGUUUUUCA